AGAGUGUGUGCGCGCCCGUGUGCACAAGAGAGGGUGCUAGGGAGGCUGCCGCAGAAGCUCCUUUGUGGAAGGCACUUGCCGCUUCAGAAGCCAGCUUGGCUCCUCCUCUCGCCGGUUCCCCGAGGACACCUGGCUUUUCUGAGCAGCCCAGUUAUCUCCCGCCGCCCCUACUUCUCUCGGUGGGCCCCGGCCCUGCCCAGCGCCAGCCUUUGGGGCGGGGAGUAGUGUGCCCUGCGGCGCCUCCAGGCCCCCGGGGCCCCGCGCAGGUGAAGGUUUGGAAGAGGACACUGGCCCUUUCUUCUGGUGGCAGAUAGCUACAUGAGUUUGAUAUUUGUGUCUUCUUCUCCAAGGCCAAGAAAUUAUCUCCACUGGAGGCAACAGUACUAUGCAUGUUAUGAAUUGUGUCUCCUUGGUCAGUGAUAAAGAAAAUGGGAAUAUUGCCACAGCACCUGGAUUCAUGAUUGGGCAGACACCGCCUCCAGCACCUCCUCCACCUCCUCCUCCACCCGCUCCAUCUCCAACAUGUUCAUAUUCAAGGGAAGAGUGUCCUUCCUCCCCUCCUCCACCCCCGCCACCUCCACUUCCUGGGGAACCUCCCAUCCCACCUCCCCCACCAGGUCUACCGCCAACUUCUCAUGUGAAUGGCUACAGCCACCUUGGUAAGAAAAAGCGAAUGAGAAGCUUUUUUUGGAAAACUAUUCCGGAGGAGCAAGUUCGGGGCAAAACCAACAUCUGGACCUUGGCAGCCAGGCAGGAGCAUCACUACCAAAUUGAUACAAAGACCAUCGAGGAGCUCUUUGGGCAGCAGGAAGACACCACCAAGCCUUCCCUUCCUAGGAGAGGAAGAACUUUAAAUUCCUCCUUCAGAGAAGCUCGAGAAGAGAUUACUGUUUUGGAUGCAAAACGAAGCAUGAACAUUGGGAUAUUUCUUAAGCAAUUUAAGAGGUCUCCUCGGUCCGUUGUAGAAGAUAUUCAUCAAGGAAAAAGUGAGCAUUAUGGAUCAGAGACCUUGCGAGAAUUUCUUAAGUUUUUGCCAGAGUCAGAAGAGGUAAAGAAAUUAAAAGCGUUUAGUGGUGACGUGUCCAGGCUGUCUCUGGCAGACUCCUUUCUGUACGGCUUAAUUCAGGUGCCAAACUAUUCACUUCGGAUUGAAGCCAUGGUGCUAAAGAAGGAAUUUCUACCUACUUGUUCUUCUCUGUACACAGAUAUAACAGUUUUAAGAACUGCUAUAAAAGAACUGAUGUCAUGUGAAGAGCUACAUUCUAUAUUACACUUGGUGCUCCAGGCUGGGAAUAUUAUGAAUGCAGGAGGGUAUGCUGGCAAUGCAGUAGGAUUUAAACUGUCUUCUUUGCUGAAAUUGGCAGACACAAAAGCAAACAAACCUGGGAUGAAUCUCCUGCACUUUGUUGCACAGGAAGCCCAGAAGAAAGAUGCCAUUCUUCUAGACUUUUCAGAAAAAUUGCAUAACGUUCAGAAGACUGCUAGAUUAUCUCUAGAUAACACAGAGGCAGAACUGCACUUGCUGUUUGUCAGGACGAGAUCACUAAAAGAAAACAUUCAGCGGGAUGGUGAACUUUGUCAGCAGAUGGAAGAUUUUCUUCAGUUUGCCGUGGAAAAGCUGAGGGAACUGGAAUGCUGGAAACAAGAGCUCCAGGACGAGGCCCACACCCUUAUAGACUUUUUCUGUGAAGACAAGAAAACCAUGAAGCUGGAUGAAUGCUUUCAGAUAUUUAGAGACUUCUGUACCAAAUUCAACAAUGCAGUUAAGGACAACCAUGACCGGGAGGCACAGGAGCUGAGGCAGCUGCAGCGGCUUAAGGAGCAGGAGCAGAAGCAGCGCUCCUGGGCAGCUGGGGAGCUGGGUGCAUUUGGCCGGAGCAGCAGUGAGAAUGAUGUGGAGCUGCUGGCUGAGAAGGGUGUGGAGGGCCUGCCCCCUUUCCUGCACCCCAGUCCCAUCAGUCCCUCCAGCCCCUCCUACCGGCCCCCUAACACCCGCCGCUCCCGCCUCUCCCUGGGUCUCUCUGCUGACCGGGAGCUGCUGACCUUCUUGGAGAGCUCUACCGGCAUUCCUGAGGAGCCCAACAAGUUCCACAGCCUGCCCCGGAGCAGCCCCCGGCAGGCCCGGCCCACGAUAGCCUGCCUGGAACCUGCAGAGGCAAGGCAUGGGGACUCCAGCUUUGCACACAAACCUCAGGCUUUGAGGGGCCAGGAGGGGGCCCCCAACCCACCCUCAGCACAGGAACACCAGCUUCCAGCUGCCCGACCUGAGGACCCUGCCUCUGCCUUCCCCAGGGCUCGGCGCCACGGUGUCAGCAUCCUCCGAAAGAGGAACAGUGAGCCGGUGAGCCUGGGCUCAGCACGGUCCCCUCCUCUCUCACCAUUGGCUCUGGGGAUUAAGGAACAUGAGCUGGUGACAGGGCUGGCCCAGUUCAACCUCCAGGGUUCUCAAGGCAUGGAGGGGAUGUCCCAGCUGACCCUGAGUGACUUUAGCCCAAUGAAGCUGGAGUCUGUGGAGGAUGGGGUCCCACACUCCCCCAGUGCCGGCAGCAGCAGCCUGACACCCAUGGACGGAAAUGCCCUGGGGAGUCUCAGCCCCGCCCUGGAGGACGGCAAGGCUGCCCCUGUUGAGCCUGGAAGUGUGGCUUUGGGAUCUGUGGGUAGCAGCGACCCUGAGAACAAAGAUCCCGGGCCUCUGUUCUACAUGUCGGACACCACCGACUGCUCACUGACCCUGGACUGCUCAGAGGGAACCGACUCCAGACCCAGAGGUGGGGACCCGGAGGAAGGCGGGGAAGGGGAUGGCUCCAUGUCCUCUGGGGUUGGAGAACUGGGGGACAGCCAAGUCUCCUCCAACCCUGCAUCCAGCCCCCCUAGGGAGGCUCCUGCCCCUGUCUCUGUGGAUAGUGAGCCCAGCUGCAAGGGUGACCUGCCCAGGGACAGACCCACCAAAAGGAAGGAUGUUAUAGCACCAAAGAGAGGUUCCCUCAAAGAGGCAUCUCCUGGGGCCUCCAAGCCUGGGAGUGCCCGGCGGAGCCAGGGGCCAGUGCCCAAGCCCGUGCGGACCCUGACGGCCUCGGAGAGUGAGAGCAUGCGCAAGGUCAUGCCCAUCAGCAGAUCCAGCAGAGGUGCCGGCUGGAAGCGACCCGAGCUCCCAUCCCGGGGGCCCUCCCAGAAUCCCCCCAGCAGCACAGAUACUGUGUGGUCACGCCGGAACUCCGUGCGGAGGGCCUCCACCAGUGCGGAGGAGCAGAGGCUGCCACGGGGGAGCAGCAGCUCCAGCAGCACCCGUCCAGGGAGGGACACCCCCCUGCAGCCUAGGGGCUCUCUCAGGAAGCCCAGCGCCAAACCACUCAGGAACCUUGCCAGACAGAAGCCCGAGGAAAAUAAAACCUGCCACACCCACUCCCAGGGCCCUGAGAGUCCCAAAGAGGAGCCCAAGACCCCUCUGGUGCCCAGCAUCCCCCAUGAACUACCCCGCGUCCCAAGCUUUGCCCGGAACACGGUGGCCUCAUCCUCUCGAAGCUUGAGAACGGAUCUCCCUCCCAUGUCCAAAGUCCCCAGCAUCACUAGGACAGUGUCGCAGCGGCAGCUGAGGGUGAAAGGGGACCCCGAGGAUGCCGCUCCCAAGGACAGCAGUACUUUGAAGAGAGCCAGCAGUGCCCGGGUCUCCAAGAAGGGUCCAGAGUCUACUGAGAGUCCCAGUGCCAACACAGAGGCCCUUCUGAAGGCCAGAGGGGCUGGGGAAAGGGCUUCCCUCCGUCAGAAGGACUCCAGUCGGACCACACUGGGGAGAAUCCUCAAUCCGUUACGGAAGUGAUGGGUGUCUGUCCUCUCCCGCCUCCUGGGAUUCAGACGGUGCGGACUGACUUCUGGGAUGAGGACGGGGAAAGAGGCAGCAUGUCUUUGUUACAGAUAAAGCAGCCACUGGUGCCACUGCUAGUGAUGCUAUCGGGAUGGUUAGUCCAGGAGGCCUGUGGAUUGCAGCCUGCUGUGCUGAGCCCCGCUGCAGUCUGGUGUCCAGAUGGACAGACGUUCCUGACUGUGACGGCCACACCUCCCCUGUGCACCCUACCCUCCCCCAAAGCCUGGAUCUCGAGAAAGACUUAAUAGGAGUGUAAGGUGACAUUCUUAUGAAACAAGGUAACAAAGAUUUUUUCUGGCCAGUUUUUAUAUAUCUAAGACUUACUUUUUAAUAUAAAAAUUAGCUAGGUGCAGUGGCUCACGCGAGUAAUCUCAACACUUUGGGAGGCCAAGAGGGUUGGAUAGCUUGAGCCUAGGAGUUCGAGACCAGCCUAGGAAACAUGGUAAAACCCCGUCUCUAUCAGAAAUACAUUAAUUAGCUGAGUGUGGUGGCACAUGUUGGUGGCCCCAGUCACUCCGAAGGCUGAGAUGGGAAGAUCGCUUGAACCCGGGACCCUACCACCGUACUCCAGCCUGGGUGAUAGAGUGAGACCCUGUCUCAAAAGAAAACAAAAUGACAAUGAAAUGUUUUAGUUUGGGUUCCUUUUGCAGAGUGAAAUGCCUUCCAGGAAUUUUUUUUUUCUUUUUGAGACAGGGUCUUACUCUGUCUCCAGGGCUGGAGUGCAGUGGCGUAAUCAUAGCUCACUGCAGCCUUAACCUCCCAGGCUCAAGUGACCCUCCCACCUCAGCCUCCCUAGGAGCUGGGACUACAGGCAUGCAUCACCAUGCCUGACUAAUUGUUUUUUUAAAUUUAUCUUUUGUAGAGAUGGGAUCUCACUGUGUUGCUCAGGCUGAUCUCGAACUCCAGAGCUCAAGUGAUGCUCCCACUUCAACCUCCCAAAGUGCUGGGAUUAUAGGUGUGAGCCACACCACACCUGGCCAGUAUAUCCUCAAUAAUGAAGAUAUUUGUAUCUUCCUGUGUUCCCUGGCCUCAGAGUUCCAGCUGCCCACACAUUGUCCAUUGCAGGCAACUGGACUUCCCCACAAGUCUUGGGUAUCCUGUAAUGGCCUCUGUCUCCCUGAAGACUGUCUGGCUUGCCCAUUUCUCCGUGCAUGACUCUGGGUAUGGGUCUUUACAGGAGCAGGAGGGAAAGUUGGACUUGGACAGAAAUCAGAUGCGCCCAUGUAUUCAGGGCGUGCAUUGUGAGCAGUGGGGUGUGAACCUCGGGGGCCUCAUGGCUGCAGGGCAGGCUUCCCUGCAGAUGGGUGGCAGCCCCUGGUAGAAUGCUGGAUUUCUCUGGAAUCUUGAAGUGCCAUAUUUUAGUGGAAAGGCAUCAGGGCUGUUUGACAGUGUGUGUCUUUCCAGUCCCGCGUUCCUCCAUCUGUGUGUCUGUUAUAAAACUGAGUGAAGGCUGCUGUGACCUGUGUUCACUCUGGUUACAGGGAGCUGCAAACCAUUCUGUCUCCCAGCCUUGCUUCUCUCUUCGUGUGCUCACAGCACUUCCUUCUUCUCUAACAUGGCCCAGAGAGUUUCUCUCUCUGCUUGUCUCUGUCUCUUAAUAAUAGUUUUUAACAUUGACAUCUCUUUGUUGGUAGAGUGGUUUUUAAAUCCUGAGAAGAACCAAAUCAGUUUUCAAGCAGACCAAAAGCAUGGAAUUGCUUUCAGAAGAAAGUAUAUCAUCAGGAAAAAUUUGAGGGGGGUUGGGAAUCAAGCUUUAUUCAAAAGAAAGUGUUUAAAACAUGUACUUUUUCUACCCAAUGCCCAUUUCAUGACUUCUCUGAGACUAGCUGGGAAAUGGGAAAAUUCUUGGAACUUUUUUUUUAAAGAAACUUUUUUUAAAAAAAAUUUUGGGUCACUUAUUAGUGAAACCCCAUUUUAGAUCUGACGUUGGUAGGUACAUGGAUCUAGGCAAAUAUGAUGCGUUUGUGGGCAGUCCCAUGCUGUAACGCGUGGUUGACGUUAGAGCCUCCCUUCUGCAGAGUGUUGCCUUUCAUCUAAAUUAAUUGGAAAUGCUGAGCUUCCACAAGUCAGCUGAGUUUUAAAGGUAAAUAUUAUGCCUGAAAUAGUAAAGCACCUGACCACAAAACCUCUUGUAGAAAUGGCCCCAAGUAGGUAUUUCCGGGGCUCCGCAAAAAUGCUUAUGGGAAUCCUGAGCAGCUUUUCACCAUCUCAUAAAGCCUAAGAAGUUACAUAUUUAAUCAGGUAGACAAAAAAGUUUAAAGCAUAAGGUUCAUGGUGGUGGGGAAUGGAUGAACAUGAUCCUAAGUUUGUGGAUUUGUGGAUAGCAGAGAGGUUGGGACCUCUGGGAGGGACCCUGUGUUCCGAGCUUCCAGGCCCUUUGUCUAUCAUGGAUGCUGGGUGACUUUGGCAAGUCACCACCUCUUCCCAAGCCUGUUUGCCAGUUCACAGAUAUGGGGCCAUGGCCUCGAUGAUGGUCUCCACGGGUCCUUCCAACUCUAUGCGUCCAAGUCAGGUCAAUCACCAAAGACCCAUCUCUGCCCCAGAUCAGCUUCUCAGAACCCACCCCUGGCAUCUCUCAAGCAAUGGCCUCACUUCAAGGGCUGCUCAGAAGAAAGCACCUUCAGCAUGAGUUGUUGCUGGAAGAUCUAAUAAGCUGCAUUUCCUGGGAAGUGGUGCCUUUCUUAGCCCUGUGGACAUUCUGUAUGCAUCUGUGUGAGCAGAUGAUCAUUCUAUUACCUUUUAUCGGUAGUAAGCUUGGAAAAUUAAUUUAAGAAUACAUUGGAGAAAUGUAAAUAAGUUUCUAUGUAAAUUUGUUUAAGAUAAACUGAAUGUAUUUAAUGGUCCAUUUAUAUGUUCUUUUAUGUAACAUGUAGUUUAAUAAAGUUCCUGUUUAUGAGA